AUGCUGUUUCAUCUGUUCGGCAGGGGCGUGCCCGAGUCGGUGUCUGGUCUGGUCUGGAUCGGUUUCCUGAUGUCAGUCGCGGUCGUCACAGCGCAGGUCAACGUCCAGUUUGACGGGGAGAUGCUGGCUCAGGAGUCCUCGCGGAGCACGCGGCAGAGCUGGCCGCCCUGGAGGAGGAGGUCGCCGGCAGACAGACCGGAGAGCAGCAGUUCUCGGCCCCUGUAUCUGGCCGACCCCCGGCCGAGCGGGCAGCGUCGCCGGAUACCGCCGCCACCCGUGCUCUCACACCUAACGGCACCGCACGCCGGCCGCCUGCCCAGCCUGCGCUUCUCGCCGUCCCGCGAGCGCCAGCAGUACCAGUGGUACCCUCGGCCGCCACCAGGGGCGCUGCCGUCGUCCAGCGCACCAGCAGAAGCGCCCGAUGUCCAGAACUGGAGGGGACCCGACCGAUCAGCGUCAGAGAGGUCGCAGCCCGGAGGUAUUCGUCGCGCCGACGGACCGGCAGGGCUCCAGCACCAGCAGGCGUUCCCUCCAGAGAGACCGGCGGCCGGCUCACAGCUAGGUACAGACUUACGGAUGCGGCCGGCUCCGAGCCCAACCAGACGACAGGAGCCGCAGAGCGGGCGGCGGCGGUGCGUCAGACAACCGCUCAGGACCCCGGCCAACACCGUGGUUUGA